ACUCUACGAAGUUCGACGUUCUGUGAAAUUUUUAGGUUAAAGUAUUAAAAUUAAAGAAAUGGGUUCUAAUAAGCGGCACAAGACUGAAAAAACUCGUGAAACUAAGAAAAAACGUCAUCGCAGCCGUUCUAGAUCGCACUCUAUAGAACGUGAAAAAGUCGACAAACAUAGGCAUCAUAAAAAACAUAAAAGAAGAGAACGCAAGGAUCACGACAGCGAUGUCGAAAUUGUUAGCGCUCCACCACCCCCAAAAAUAUCAAGAAUAUCACAUGCACUGACGCCUCCACCACCUCCUGAAAUAUCUCGUCCAAGGAGUGUAUCUCCAUCCAAAGGAGGAGCAGCACAGACAUCGUUGUCUAUCGAAGAAACAAAUAAGUUACGAGCAAAGCUUGGUCUAAAACCUUUAGAGACCAGUACUACCUCCGUUGAUGAUCCUAACAAGAUCAAAGAUGAUUUGGGAGAAUUUUACCACAAGCCAGCACCAAAUACUAACGAUAAAGUAAAAACGCAAAAGAUCAAAGAUAGACUGAACACUCAGAAGGAAAAACGACAGAUUGAAUCCAAUCUCUCAAAACUCAAGACAUUGGGUGAAAGCGAUUCAGAUGAUGACGCCAAGGCUUGGGUGCAAAAAAAUCGUCGCCUUCAGUUGGAAAAAAAGAAGGCUGAUGAAAGGGCAAAAAUGUUGGAUCAGUUGGACGAAGAGUUCGGUAUAGGUACUCUCGUUGAGGAAGAGGUUCAAAGUGAACGCCGUUCAGCCUAUUCGAAUAAAGAUUUACGAGGGCUCAAAGUCGAACAUGACAUGGAUACGUUUGAGGAAGGCAAGACUCUUGUACUGACCCUCAAAGAUCAGGCAGUUUUAGAUGAGCAUGAAGAUGUACUAGUAAACGUGAAUAUGCUGGACGAAGAGCGUUAUUCACGUAGUAAUUUGAAUAAAACUAAAAAGCCUGGAUACGAUGCAUAUGAUGAAGAUAAUUUUGAUGAGUUUGGUUUCCCAGUGAAAACGGUUCUAGACAAAUAUGAUGAAGAGAUAGAUGGACAGAAGAAGGAAAGUUUUGCAAUUGGUUAUGAUAAUGCUAAAGAACGAAAACAACGACAAUCUGAAAUUGUAAAACACCGCCUAGCUAACAAAAAGUUGGAAACACUGAGGAUGCCGGAGCUACAGUUAGCUAGCGAAUAUUACACUGAUGCAGAGUUGGCAAAGUUUAAAAAACCUAAGAAAAAAAUACGAAAAAUCAGACAGAAAAAGAUGUUAAAGGCAGACGAUCUUGUUCCUGAUACAACUGAUUAUCUCAGAGAUUUAGGUAGUCGUCGGAAUCCAAGACACAAAGAAAAGAAGAACCAUGAAGAUCCUGAAAAUCUUAUUAUGGAUGUCGACGAUACAGAAAAUCCAAGCGAAGACUUGUCGGGUGUUAAAAUUGAAGAUGAUGACAGAGAACUCGAAUGGCAGUUGGCGUUAAAAAAAGCACAACGUGUGAAACUAGCACGUCAAUCUGGGGUAGAAAAAGUUGCUCAAACAAUAAAACAAGAGAUUGACAAUUCAAAUGAAAAUCAAGUUGGUAAUAUUGUACUCAAUGCGACUGCUGAAUUUUGUAGAACAUUAGGAGACAUUCCAACUUACGGGCUUGCUGGAAACAGGGAAGAAAAUGUUCAAGAACUCAUGGACUUUGAGGCUGAGGGGAUCAAAGAUGAAACGGUAGAUGAUGGAGAAGACGCUGAUGGCCGUGGAGCUUGGAAUACAGUAAAAAUAGAUGAAGCUGCAGCUGAGCCAAUAACACUGGAAGCUGCAAUUUUGGAUGCAGAACCUUCGCUUGGACAGGGUGUAGGCGGUGCUCUAAGACUUGCAAUGAGUAAAGGUUAUUUACAAAAAGAGGAUACUAAUCGACCUUCUGCAUCCCGUUUUGCUCAUUUACAAGCACAAAAUUAUUCUAUUGAAGAUAAAACUUAUGGGGACGAUGACAAGUUUGGCAGAAGAGAUAGGUUUAAUGGGCCAACUUCCGAAUUCAAAGAACGAGACGGAUUUAAGCCCAAUGUCAAGUUGGAAUACAUCGAUGAUGAUGGGCACGUCUUGAGUGCCAAAGAAGCAUUCCGAUAUCUCUCUCAUAAAUUUCAUGGUAAAGGUCCUGGGAAGAACAAGGUUGAAAAGAGAAUGAAGAAAUCCGAGCAAGAAGUAUUGAUGAAGCGGAUGUCUUCUACUGAUACUCCACUAGGAACACUUAAUCUAUUGCAAGCCAAGCAGAAAGAAACACAAUCUCCAUACAUUGUGCUGAGUGGAAGCAAGCAGUUACAAACGACGAGCAUAUCGAAAACGAAGCAUUAAAAUGAUCAAUUAAAAAAAGAAAAAUCAAGAUGUACAUUAUUAUACAUAAUAUAAUAAUAAAUCUCGGAUAAGGUUUGCGCAAGGGUGAGUAUUCUGAAGCUCAAUUGGCAGGUGUCUUUAGAAUAUUACAUAAAUCAGCAGAUCCUAUGACAAAAAUUUUGAUCAUCAUUAUAAUACAAAGCCCGUUUUUAUCCUCGUAUUAUUUACAAUAUUCGUAUGUCUAGAUGUCUGUAUAAUACCAUUGUUUAGACGCUUACAAUUGCCUUUAACACCGUAAUAAGGUGUCACAAUAUCAUGAUACAAUUAUUGAAGUUCAUAAAUUAAUUUCGAUAAAUAAUGAGUUCUAUGUCGCAACUAGGAGAAUUUCUUAUUUACAUUACAAGUCAAAUUAAUUAUUCAAUCAAAGUCGUCAGUAAUUUAUUCUUAGGAAAUAUUAAAUUUGAAAAGUGUGAAAUGGAAGUCUUCAAAAUAGCGAAAACUGAUUCACUAUAGCAAUACAAAUAUUCGGAGCAUAAACUGAUGACGAAGGAAUUUUUAUAGAAAAUAUAUGAAGAAAUGAGCUAAAACAAAUAAAUGUAAACAAAAAAAAAAACAAUAAAAUUACGUCAUUCG